AUGAACAAAGACACGCGCAAGCUGAUCCUGCGCCUCCAAAGCGAAGACUUGACAGCUCUAUGGACUGCAUCCACUGACAACAAUUCCGAAAUUGACGCCACUGUGCGUGCCUACCGCCGCCAAUUGGACUUGUUGAAUCGUCACCUCGAGGACACACUUCAGGCUAGGACAAUUGAAGAUGCUAUGGAAGCCGUCGACCAUGGGGCACCAACAUCUCUCCAAAUUACUGGCGUCAAUGCGCCUAUCUUGACCAAGCAUGGUGAUGUUCAUCAAAUUGGCGGUGUCUACUUGUAUCCUGACACGCCUUCCUCGUUUUCAUCUGUAGCUUCAACCCCUGCACUUGUCGUUGCGACAACUGCACGCUCACUUCCUCAAACCUCUGAGCGUCCUGUUGUGCGUCUCCCUCCGGUCCCCAUACAUCCCAUCGUCCGCCUUCCUCAUGUUACACCAAGUGCGGAAGAGGGCGAGAAACAAAGGAGCUUGUUCAGAGAAAAGACUAAGGCUGCAAUUCGACGCAGACAAGAAGAAAAAAGCACUUGA